UGCAGUGGCUUUUCCUCUCCCACUUCCUCCCCUCGGAAUUCACGGAAGUGGAGUUCCCCUGAAAGAUCGAAAGAAACCAGAAACAAAGGGUGAGAGUCUCGAUUCGGAGGUGGAUUCCAGAGUAUUUAAAGAGUAAGGAGGUCAUGGGGAGGGGUAAGAUUGAGAUCAAGAGAAUUGAGAACACUACAAACCGCCAAGUGACCUUCUGCAAGCGAAGGAAUGGUUUGCUGAAGAAAGCCUAUGAACUAUCGGUUCUUUGUGAUGCGGAGAUUGCCCUUAUCGUCUUCUCUAGCCGUGGCCGCCUCUAUGAGUACUCCAAUAACAGCAUAAAAUCAACCAUUGAGAGAUACAAGAAGGCAUGUGCUGAUACUUCAAAUUCAGGUUCUCUUGUAGAGGUUAAUUCUCAACAAUAUUAUCAGCAAGAAUCAGCAAAACUGCGCCACCAGAUCCAGAUAUUACAAAAUGCAAAUCGGCACUUAAUGGGUGAUUCUCUGGGUUCUUUGACCGUGAAGGAGCUUAAGCAACUUGAAAACCGACUUGAAAGAGGCAUCACAAGGAUCAGAUCGAAGAAGCAUGAGCUGUUGUUUGCAGAAAUUGAGUACAUGCAAAAGAGGGAAGUGGAGCUUCAAAAUGAUAAUAUGUAUCUUAGAGCUAAGAUUGCAGAGAAUGAGCGAGCACAGCAACUAAGCAUCAUGCAAGCAGGACCUGAGUUCGAUGCUCUUCCGGCAUUUGAUUCUAGGAACUACUACCAUGUCAAUAUGUUGGAGGCAGAGCCCCACUACUCACACCAACAAGAUCAGACAGCCCUUCAUCUUGGGUAUGAAGCAAAAGCUGAUCCAGCAGCAUAAAAAAAUACUAAACUGUGUUUCCUGGCUAAUGAUGCUGUGUGUUUUGAUCAUAUGAUCGUCACUUAAGACUACCUAUGGAGGGGUAUCAGAACAGUCUUUUGGUAAACUGUCUUUGAUGAAAUCAUAUUUCAUGACUUUCAUCGCA